AUGCAGAUUCUGCAGCCGGCCGACGCGGCGCCCUGCGGUGACGACGCGCGGGGCGCAUCGAGCAAUCCCCGCGCUUCCUCCCCGUCGUCCGCGCAUUCUCCUUCCUCCCGCCGCCUUCCCCCCGUUUCCCCGCCUUUCCCCGCGCCGCUGCGAAUCGAUGCCUGGUCGCUCGUGCUCUCACUGCUCCCCCCGCGCGGUAUCGCCUGCGCUGCGCUCGCGUGCUCCUCCCUCGCCGCUGCCGCCGCCGCCGUCACCGCUGCGCGCACCGCCGAUGCGACGGGCGGCAGCGAGCCGCGUGCCGUCCCGUUCCUCGUGCCGCAUCACGGUCUUCCCGCGGGGGCGGGGGGAACAGGGGUGGCGGGGGGAUCCGGGGGAACGGGAGCGGGGGUCGCACGGGCGCCGUCCGCCCCGCGGUAUUCGUACUUCCGCUAUUCGCGCGCGAACGUGCGGGUGACGUCAGACGAAUCGUCCUUCCCCUCCUUGCUGCUUCAUUUCCAGAAUCGCAAGAUCGUCAACCCACCGGGAACGCCGCCGCAUGAAGGCCGCACCGGAUCGCUACAGCACGAAGGCGGCGCGGGCCGAUCCGCCGGGGCUCUGCCGAUCACUCCGCCGAUCAUUCCGCCGUAUCCGUAUCCGCAGCCUCCUUGGUGGUGGGGUGUGCUUCCGGAUUAUCUCAAACGCGCGGACGAUUUAAAGCGCGAGGAGCGGCAGCAGCUGCUCCGACAUUCUGACGAGGGGGAAGGGGAAGAGAGGAAGCAGCCGCGUAAAUCAUUCCCUGGGGAGGGGGACGCGCAAGUUGUGCGGGGCGGGCAGUCAGAUGCGCGGAAGCGGAAGCGGGAGGGGAAGAGGGAAGGGGAGGGGGAAGCGGAGGCGGAAUGGCAGGCGGAGCAGCGGGCGGUGGCGCGGCAGGCGCUGCAGCCGCACGCGCUCCAAGACGCGCUGACGAGCCUCCUCCCCGCCAUCUCUGCCCAUGCACGGAGCGGAGGCGGAAGCCGCGCGUGGCCUGGCUGUGACUGCUGCACGCGCGGACACACGCGGGGGGAAGCGGGCGACAGCGCGGAGGAGGGAGAGGCGAGAGCGGGAGAAGAGACGGGGAAGAGCGGAGGUGCAGGUGUGUCCGGUGGUGGCAGGCCUAGAGAUUUCCUUUGUGGUGGUGAUGAAGGUGCUGCGCAGUCCGGGCACGCGCGUGCGCGUGAUGAAGGUGCUUUGAGACGUCUCAAAGGUGCUGCGAGUGGUGGUCGGAAUUCUUCUGGUAGAAGACAUAGCUGCUGCACGCGCGCCCGUUGCCCUUGCGUUGCGCCCCUGCUCUCUAAAGCAGGGCGCGGGGGACAUGCAGUGGUGGAAGCAGGGAGAGAGCGAGAGGACCGGGCGGAAGGGCCGAGGAGGGAACAGCAGGAAGGGGGGGAAGGGGAAGCAGAUGAAGCAGAGGAAGGGGAGGCAGGAGAAGACGAUGUGGUGUUUGAGUGUGGUCCCUUCUGCUCCUGUGCUCUGCAGCAGCACCGCAUGGCCUCACAUCCAGGCCCCCGCACACCAACCAGCACAGUCUUAACAGCGGCAGCGGCACCAGCAGCAGCAGCAGCAGCGGAGGAGGAGGGAGCUUCUAUCACCACCGCAUGUCCCACGUGCCCCAACCGCAGCAGUCAGCGGGGCGUGCAGUGGAGCCUAGCAGUGGUGUGGAGUGGUAGCAAGGGGUGGACCCUGGUCGCCCAGGAGAGCAUCCCACGCGGUGCCCUCAUCUGCCAAUACGCCGGCGAGGUGGUGAGUGGAGGGGAGGCAAGUGCACGGCAAGCUCUGUAUGAUGCUGCUGCAGGUGCAGUCCUGCGCACGCAGAUAGACCCGUCUCGCAUGGGCUCCCUGGGUCGAUUCAUGAGCCAUGAGUGCGGGGGAGGGAAUGUGGCUCGCGUGGUGGUUCGGCAGGCCGGCUGCUUGCUGCCUGCUGUGGGCCUUGUGGCUCGGAGGGAGGUUCGGCAAGGAGAGGAGCUUACGUUUAGCUAUGGGGGUGUGGGGGAGGGGGAGGGGGAGGUGGAGGAUGGGGAUGGGGACGGGAAGAGGGAGGUGGAGGGGAGUGAGGGUGGGAGUGUGGGAGGGGAUGAUGGGGAGGGUGGGAGAGUGGAGGGCGAGGAGGGUGGGAGGGAAGAGUGUUGGAAGAGCGGUUGGGAGCAGCAGCAGCAGCGGCCGCUGGUGAAGCGGAGCAAGUGUUGCUGUGGUUCAGUGCGGUGCAGCGGGUAUCUACCAUUUGAUGUGCUGUGA